AUCUCGAAAUUCCAGUCCUAGUAGUUUUUACAAUAAACUUAACAGACUUAGGAUGGUAUUUUAUUUUUUCAGAAAGAACAUGAUGAAGGCUAAAAAUUUUGGUAAUAACUUUGGAAUCGUACGGGCAUUUAUGAGGAAUAAAAAAUAUAUAGUACAUUGAAAAUCAUUCCCUCACUAUGUCCCAAACUACAGAUUAAAACUUUGUAUGAAGUUAUUAUAGAAAAUUUCUCAAAAAAUCUGUUUGUAAUUAUGGCUAGUCUCUUGUAAAUACAACAACUUUUUAAAAUUUCUCUGAAUUUAAGAUCAUAAAUCAUCAACAAGUUCUCUAAUGUUGACUCAACAUGUGUCCCAUGAAAAAUAAUCAUUCCCUCAUAUCAUUAUCAACAGUCGAUAAGUAGGUAUAUUUAUGAUGACUUCAAUAACAUUAUCAUUAGUUUUUGAUAGUUGGUAGUACGGUCACUUGUUCGGAAUGGUGAAUUGACCUCACGCUUGCUAGAGUACUUGUUGGAAAUAAAUAUCCAUGAAAUUUUGUAAAGAUUAUAUUUUAAACAAUCAUUCCAUCACAGUGUAGAAUAAACAAGGUAAUUAAAAUAUUUGAAUUUUGAUGAAGUAGUAAAGUAUGUUUUUGGAGGUAGAAAGUGUAGAGAAAACAGUUAGAUGGUAACAAGAGGUUAUGUUGCGAGAUUUUUUAGGUUAUGGUUUAUUUUGUCAUUCCCUCAUCAUCAUUCCCUCAUUUUGAAUAAAAGUGAGGGAAUGAUGAUUUAUGAGGUAAUUACUUUCAGACUGGAUCAACUCGAUUUUCGUACAUGUUUGCUUAUAGAAGCUUUUUAAUUACCAUUUUGCCUUAUUUUAGAGUUAAACAAUGGCAAGAAGUAAGAAGUUAUCUGAUGCUGAAGCGAAAUUAAAGAAGAAAGAAUACGAUAAGAAACGUCGAGAGGAAAUGAAGUCUGAUCCUGCAAAAUUAGAGAAACUUCGUGAAAAAGAAAGAGCUAAAUAUCUACAAAAAAAAAAGAAAGGCCAAAUUAAAUCUAUAGCCACCAUGAGUUCCAGAGAAAAGAGACUAAAAAGAAAAAAUUGGAAAAAAAACAGUCGAAAUUAUAGAGACCGAAAAGCUAAAGUAUGUAAGAAUUUGACAGGGUCUGUUCAUCAAAAUGAUAAUCAGCGUAAGAGCAUGGUAGCUAUUCAGAGAAGGAAGCAACUAAAAAAGCGUCGAGCAAUACAAUACGCAAAAAGUGCCAGAUUAGAAAAAAAAUUGAAAGAGCAAACUCGAAAAACUGAGAAAUUUCGAAAGAGAUGUCAGCGGCAAAGUAAAAAAGUUUUGUCGUCCCCUGAAGCUAAAGUUUCAGCAAUAUUAAAGAAUGUUCAAGUUCCUGGUAUUGUAAAGAAGAAGCUUAUUUUUUCAGAAGUCAUUUGUAGACAACUCCAAAACAACUAUACUAAAUUGAAUAAACAUUGUGAUAAGAAAAAAUACUACGAAAUUUUAAAACCAGAUCUUCUAAAAAAACACAAGUUAUUGAGCUUAUCAAAAUCAUUUUUUAAACACGAUACAUACAAAAAGAGUGGAUGUAGAAAAAUAAAUGCACAAAUGAUUAAAGUUAAACAAGACGUUGCAGAUUUUUUAGAGAAAGAUGAAAAUUCCAGGAUGUGUCCAGGUAAAAAAGAUUUUGUCAGAUCAAAAGGAACUGUGAAACAAAAACGUUUAUUGGGUGACACAAUGAAAAAUUUGCACAAAAAAUUUCUGGCUACAGUCGACUAUGAAGUAAGCUUAGCAACAUUCUGUAAAUUUCGACCUUUCUGGGUAACUUGGGCAAGUAUCAAAGACCGAAAUACCUGUCAAUGUAUAAUCCAUGCAAAUAUGCAACUAAUAAUUAUGAAGUUGCAUGAAAAUAAAGCGUUAUCAAGUUGUAACUUAACCAAAUUUUUGUCUACGAUAACAUGUGACGUCAAUUCAACAAAAUGUUUAAACCGCGUUUGUGAAGGAUGUCAACAUAAAAUAAUAGAAUAUGAUCUUCGACAACCAAACCGAAUAGUGACAUACUAUCAGUGGAUAUACGAAAUCACUUCUUACGAAAAAGAUGAAAAAAUGAAGACAGUUCGUAAACCUGGUAAAAAAGAGAUCAAGGUACCAAUUAGAGACCUAAUACAAAAAUUAGAAGAAACAUUGCCUUCGUUUUUGCAGCACAUCGCCACGAUAGCUCAUCAGUAUCAGACUAUUUUAGAACUUAAAAGAAAUUUGACUGAGAGAGAAGUUCUGAUUCAUAUCGACUUUAGUGAAAAUUAUUGUUCUAAAUAUAACGAAGAGAUACAAUCAGUCCAUUUUGGUGGAGCAAGAAAACAAAUUACUCUUCAUACAGGUGUUUUAUAUUUACGUGAAAAUGAUACUGUUAUACCACACACAUUGUGCUCUCUAUCUGAGAAUAAUAGACACGAUUCUAUGGCGGUGUGGGCUCACUUGACACCAAUUUUUGAAUGGAUUAACCAUCAUAAUUCAAACAUUGAUAGAAUUCACAUUCUGAGUGAUAGCCCUGUGAAUCAAUACAAAAAUAAGUUCAUAUUUAAUACUGUAUCUCACCAUAUAAAUGAUUUAUUUCCCGGGACAACAUUCUUUUCAUGGAACUAUUCAGAACCAGGCCAUGGUAAAGGUGCACCUGAUGGCGUUGGUGGUACAUUAAAAAGAACUGCCGACAAAGCUGUAGUUGAAGGUAAAGACAUUGUAGACUUGAAUUCACUCGAAAAUAUUUUAUUGUCUAGAUGUCCUUCAAUUAAGUUGUUUAAAGUAACUUCUACUGAUAUCACAAAAAUAGAAAACCUAGUCAAGCAAUCAGAUUCUAUCCCAGCAUUCCGUGGAACUCAAAAAGUUCGUCAAUUUACAUUUAACGGUGAUGUAUUAGAGUUUAGAAGUCUUUCUUGCUAUAAAUGUGUGGAAAAAUGUAAUCAUUUUCAUCUGGGAUACUACUCAUGUUCAAAAAAUCCCUGUUCUUCAACAAAACCAAAUAAAAUGCAAACGCGUUCUCGUGGUAAACAACCUUUGAAGACUUUUUCCGUUGGUAAUGACUCCCUCAACGAUGUAACCUACGAUAUAGGUGAUCAUAUUCUCAUCAAGUGGAACGACGAAAUUUAUCCCGGAAAAAUAACGUCGAUUUCUGGAGAUGCUGCUUUGGUUAAAUGUAUGGAAAAAGGAAUCAAAUCCUGGAGAUGGCCUACAUGCAAAGAUGAAGAAUUGUACCCCUGGACUGAUAUUUUACAAAAGAUUCAACCUCCAAAACUGAUCAGAAGAGGAUGUUAUUCAGUAAAGGAAAUAAAUCAGCUGAAUUUGUGA